ACAAAACGUAAAGUAAAUUUGGAUAAAUCUUGGUAAAAUCUAGAGUAGAGAAUAAAUUCUUUCAGAUCAUAUUAUCUAGAUAUUAAGAUGAAAAUACAAUAUUUUGGUUAUAUGCGUAAUGCGCACAUCCGACAUGUAAUUGCUUAGUGUAUAUUGACGUGUAUAUUUAAUUACUUUUUUUUAUGUAUACGUAAAAAUACUUAAUUAUUAAUAUAUAAAUAAACUAAAGUAACGAUUUAAAUAAAAAUGACAUGGAAGCGCAUCAAGAAACAUUUAGGAGUAGCUAUUUACAAUUUUGGCAAGGAAGGAUUUUGUGCCUUACCUUUAACGGUUGGAGAAGUUGUGCAAAUUUAUGAAGAGUAUGGUGAAUGGUAUUAUGGCCGUAAAAAGAUUAAGGGUACAAUUGGAAUUUUUCCUAAAUCAUACAUACAUGUCUUAAAUAAUCAAAAUAAUAUAGAUACAUUAAUACAUGAAAUAACUAGUGUUUUAAGAGAAUGGGGUCAUCAUUGGAAACAUUUAUAUGUGAUACAUUCUAACCAUUUUAAAGCAAUACAAGAACAAAUUUUGACAUUAAUAGGAUAUAGAAGUAAAAUUUUACAAGGCACUUUAACAAUAGAUGAGUUGAAGGAUCUUAAAAGAUUAGCAACUGCUAAAAUAGAUACUGGUAAUCAACUUUUAAACUUGGACAUGGUUGUAAGAGAUGAUCAAGGAAAUGUUAUGAAUCCAGAAAAUACAAGUACUAUUCAGUUGUAUUAUCAUCACGAAACAGCUGCCGAAAGAAUCAGAAAAGCUACUAAUGAAACCAAGAAAAAAUCUUUAAAAGCUCAAACACCUGUAUAUUCUCACAUUUUCUUUGUCAGUGUAAAAAACUUUGUUUGUAAAAUGGUAGAAGAUGUAGAAUUACUUUUAACAUUAUAUGAUGGUAGAGAAAUGAAAGCUAUCACAGAGAAUUAUGUUGUUUCUUGGAGUAAAGAAGGACUCGCCAGAGACAUCGAUCAGUUACAUAAUCUUCGAGUAUUAUUUACUGAUCUAGGAUCUAGAGAUUUAGCUAGAGAUAAAGUUUAUUUAGCUUGUUAUGUUAUUAGAGUUGGAGGUAUGGAAGCCAAAGAAAUAGAUCAUCGUCGUUCAAGUAUUGCACAAAAUAAUCAGAAGGUUAUUAAAAAUAAUGAAAGUAUGCGAAGGCCAUUUGGUGUCGCUGCUAUGGAUAUUACAUUAUAUAUUACAGGUAAAUUAGAAGGAGAUGUUGAACAUCAUCACUUCAUUCCAUUUGUACAAUGUUGUGAGAAGGAAAGUUUAGAUGGUACUUUACGUAGAAUUAUUGCACAAAAAGAUACUAACAUUCAAAAAAGUGGAGGAAAUAGUAACAACAACUUUGGCGGUGGGCAAGGAUUAUGGGCAAGUUUGAAAUUACUUAGAGGAGAUGUAAAACAAGUACGAGAUGAAAAUCCUCAUUUGGUACUUGGAAAUGUUGCUAUUGCUAGAAAAAUGGGUUUUCCAGAAGUAAUUCUGCCAGGUGAUGUAAGAAAUGACCUUUAUCUGACUUUAAUUAGUGGUGAAUUUAGUAGAGGAGCAAAGUCUACUGAUAAAAAUGUAGAAGUUACGGUUAAGGUCUGCAACGAAUGUGGCACUCCUAUUCCAGGUGUCAUAACUUUAGGAGGUGGAACUACGGCAAUUGAUGAAUAUCAUAGCGUUAUAUAUUAUCAUGAAGAUAAACCUAGAUGGUGCGAAACAUUUAAAAUUGCUAUACCAAUAGACGAGUUCAAACAAGCACAUUUGAAAUUUACAUUCAAACAUCGAAGUUCUAAUGAAGCCAAAGAUAAAUCAGAAAAACCAUUUGCAUUGAGUUAUGUCAGAUUAAUGCAGCGCAAUGGUACAACGCUUCAAGAUAUUCAACAUGAAUUGUUAGUCUAUAAAUUAGAUCAAAAGAAAUAUGAGGAAAAGGAUAUAUCAUAUUUAAAAUUACCUUCAACACGGAUAGAAUUAUUUAAAUUGCAUACAGAGAAGAAACCAACUUUGGGUUCAUUGACAUUAAGCAAUAAAGAUAAUUUUUUAAUAGUAACAAAUGUUUGCUCUACAAAAUUAACGCAAAAUGUUGAUUUAUUGGGCUUGCUGAAUUGGGCAUCUCAUAAUACUGAUUUAAAAGAGUCUUUAGCUGCUCUGAUGAAAGUAGAUGGUGAAGAAAUAGUGAAAUUUUUACAAGACGUUUUAGAUGCCUUAUUCAAUAUCUUGAUGAGUAACUCGGAUAGUGAUGUUUAUGAUGACAUGGUCUUUGAAUGUCUUCUAUACAUCAUUGGACUCGUAUCUGAUAGAAAAUAUCAGCAUUUUCAACCAAUAUUAGAUUUAUAUAUUUCUGAAAGCUUCUCUGCAACUCUUGCCUACAAAAAGUUAAUUGCAGUUUUACGAAAACGUAUAGAUGGUGCUAGUACAUCUGAUGGACAAGAACGUGAUUUGUUACUAAAAACAAUGAAAAGUUUGCAAUAUUGCAUGAGAUUUAUUGUAGAAUCUCGUCUUCUGUUUACUGAGCUUAAUCACGAUGAAGAAGAAUUUUCACAAACUUUAACAGAAUUGUUACAUUCUAUUGUUGAGCUUAUGAGACAUAAUACAGAUGCAACUUUAUUGGUUCAAGGAGCAUGCUUAAAAUAUUUACCAACAACAAUACCUCAUUUAUUACGUGUUUAUAGUGGCACGCAAUUAAGUAUAAUAUUAACGGAAUUAUUGACGACUUUACCAGCUGGAAGAUUGACAAAACAAAAAAUGAUGACAGUAAAUGAUAUUGUACAUAGCCCACUUUUUUUAGAUGUGGAUUGCAGAGGUAUUUUGCUGUCAAAAAUCAUUGUUCUUGUUCGCGAUCUGUUAGAAGCAAAAGAAGAGGGACUGUCAAGUACACCUGGAAAAAGCGUGGCGAAGGUAGCCAGGCUGCUUGGAGAAAAUCGCCACCGACUCAACCAGCAUCGUGGCUACUCUGAAGAGGUAGAAUUAUGUAUUAAAAUAUUAUCAGAUAUUUUGGAAUUAACAUUCAGAAAGGACAUAGGUUCUACAAUAGCUGAUGUUAAAGAAAUCAUGAUGACAGCUUUGAGAACUAUUAUACAAACUGUCAUAUCAAUGGAUAGAGAAAAUCCAUUAGUCGGAAACUUAGUGUCUGUUAUGUUAGCAAUAUUCAGACAAAUGACACAGCAUCAUUAUGAAGUUUAUAUAAAUCAUUUUGGAACGAAAUUUGAUUUACUCGAUUUUUUAAUGGAGAUAUUACUAGUAUUCAAAGAUUUGGUUUCAAGAUCUGUAUUUCCAGGAGAUUGGUGUGAAAUGAUAAUGCUUCAAAAUAGUGUAAUUCUAAAAUCAUUACGCUAUUUUUCUGGCACCAUUAGAGAUUACUUCUUCACAGAGUUUGAAAAUCAAGCAUGGUCCAAUUUCUUUCAUUGCGCAAUUGCUUUUCUGACCCAACCAGCUCUUCAACUUGAAACAUUUUCACCAGCGAAACGUAAUCGAAUUAUUAUGCGUUACAAUGAUAUGCGCAGAGAAACAGCGUUUGAAAUUCGAUCAAUGUGGUUCAAUUUGGGUCAACAUAAAAUACAAUUUGUUCCUGCUUUAGUUGGUGCGAUAUUAGAAAUGGCUUUAAUUCCAGAAACUGAAUUAAGAAGAGCUACCAUACCUAUAUUUUUUGAUAUGAUGCAAUGUGAAUUUUAUAGUUCACGCAUUGUUGAAGGAUACGGCGAUACAAAACGUGAUCCUGCGCACAUUAAAGCUAAUUUUAUGGAAUAUGAAAAUGAAAUGAUUGCAAAAUUGGAUAUCCUGGUAGAGGGAGGAAGAGGAGAUGAACAAUUUCGUAAAUUAUGGAUACAAGUAAUGUAUUCACUUUGCGAAGAUCACUCAACGAUGCGAGAACAAGGCUUACGAUUUGUAGAUACUAUUGCAAAAUUAAUGGAACGAUUAUUACAAUAUCGUGAUAUUAUUCAUGCAGAAUCUCAGGAACAUCGAAUGCUUUGUACCGUUAAUUUAUUAGAAUUUUAUUCUGAAAUAAAUAGAAAGGAAAUGUAUAUCAGGUAUGUCAACAAAUUGUGUGAACUUCACUUAGAAUGUGAUAAUUACACAGAAGCAGCAUACACAUUGAAACUUCAUAGUCAAUUAUUAGCUUGGAGUGAUCAACCUUUACCACCACUUUUAAUAUCUCAUAGAUAUCCAUCAUGUCAAACUCAUAGAGAAUUGAAAGAAGCUUUGUAUAAUGAUAUGAUUGAAUAUUUUGAUAAAGGAAAAAUGUGGGAAUGUGCUCUUAGUGUUUGCAAAGAAUUAGUUAGUCAAUACGAAGAAGAAACAUUUGAUUAUUUACAAUUAUCCAUUUUAUUGAGACGAAUGGCCAAAUUUUAUGAUUGUAUAGUAAAACAAUUAAGACCUGAACCGGAAUAUUUCAGGGUUGCUUAUUAUGGUCGUGGACAUCCUCCUUUCCUUCAAAAUAAAGUUUUCGUUUAUCGCGGGAAAGAAUAUGAACGACUUAGUGAUUUUUCUUCAAGAACACUUAAUCAGUUACCAAAUGCAGAACAAAUGAACAAAUUGUCUCCACCAACCGUUGAUAUUUUAGAAUCUAGUCAUCAGUAUGUUCAAAUUAAUAAAGUAGAACCAUUAAUGGAUGAGAAAAAACAUCGUUUGAGUGGAAAACCUGUAACAGCUGAUGCAGUUUUGAGGUAUCAUCGAGUAAAUGAUGUCCAGCGUUUUCGGUUUUCAAGACCAAGAAAAGAUUUUGUUAAUACAAAUUCUAAUGUUGGUGAUAAGGAAAAAGAUGGAGGAAGUGUUAAUAAUAAUGAAUUUGCUUCAUUAUGGCUGGAAAGAACUGUUCUCGUUACAAGCCAUCCAUUACCAGGAAUUCUUAGAUGGUUUCCUGUUAUUUCUAGUGAAACUUAUUUAGUAAGCCCACUUCGUAAUGCAAUAGAAACUAUGGAAGCUACAAAUACAGCACUUAGAGAUCUCAUAGUUGCACAUAGAACCGAUCCUAGUCUUCCAGUAAAUCCUUUAAGUAUGAAAUUAAAUGGAGUAUUGGAUCCUGCAGUAAUGGGUGGCAUUGAUAAUUAUGAGAAAGCUUUUCUCAAUGUUGAUUACAAAGAAUCCCAUUCGGAUGAAAGUUCAGAUUUGCUUAAAUUGGAAAGUCUGAUAGCGGAACAAAUUCCACUUUUAGGUGUUGGUGUACAGAUACAUAAAGCUCGUGCACCUCCUGAACUAACUCCAUUUCAUCAGAGGUUGGAACAAUGUUUUAUGUCUAUGAAAAGUCAAGUAGAAGCGAAAUAUGGUAAAAGAACAUGUGAUCUUCAAAUUGAAACUAUGACACAAGGAGUAAUUAUGCGAAGAGCACAAACAUUCAGAAAUGAAAGUUAUUCUUUGUCUGAAACUAACAUAAAUAGUACAGAGACCAGUUCAUUACGUUCACAUAUUUUAUCAUCAGCUUCGUUGCAAAAGGCAUUAGGGAAUCCAAGUCCUGGUACAAACAAAAAGAAGGAAUCUAAGAGAAGAAGUGCACGUAAAAGCGACUCAUCUGGAGUAACAAAAAAUGAUCAGCCUACAAGUCAAUGGUAUACUAUACCUACCGAAAUCUCACAGAUUAGUAUGGCUGUAUCGACUACGUCGUUAGUACCAAGCUUCCCUAGUACCCCGAUAUUCGAACUUCGCCAAGAGCUAACUUCAAAACGACCAUUAAGAUCGGAAGUAGAAAAAGAACGAAGAAUAAGUAAUCGUUGGUCUGGUCAAUCGCAACAUUAUUUGAGAAAUACGCAUAAUGGUUCUGAGGCAAAUGUCUUUGGAAGGGAAAAUAAUAGAGAUAGCGUUGGUACAACUGAUAGCACUGCUUCAGAAGAUGAUGCACCUCCACCCCUCCCUAUGAAAACUCGUGAGGCCGAUUAUUGCAAUUUGCCAGAAGAAUUUAAUGAUCAUCGUAUCUCAUCAAUAAUGGAAAAUUCAAACAAUAUAAACAGAUCGUUUGGACAAUGGAUAAAGAAUAAACUUCCAACGCCUACUGAUGAUGACAUUGAGAGUCAAGCUAAGCCACCAACUCCACCACCAAAACCAAAAAGACCUGCUCAUGGAUUAAAGAAUUCUGUGCUUUCAUCAAGUACGAUAGAAAAUUAUGUUCAAGACAGUUCUUCAGCAUGA